AUGUCCUCAGUACAUACGGUUCGUCUUCGCGAUCUGAUCUCUGCGGUGCGGCAGUGCAAAACCUCCGCUGAGGAGCGUGCGCUCAUCAACAGGGAAAGCGCCCUCAUUCGCGAGGCGUUCCGCGAGAACAGGCCGUUUCUGCGCACUCGCAACAUGUUAAAGCUGUUGUACAUAUCCAUGCUCGGUUACCCGACGGAGUUCGGGCAGGUGGAGGUGGUGAGCCUUCUCGCGCAGGCAGACUACGCGGGAAAGCGGGUGGGAUACCUAACGCUGCAGAUGGUACUUGACGAGAAUGAUGAGGUCCUUACAUUGUCGGAAAAUCACAUGAAGAAGGAUCUGGCGCAGGGUCAGCCGCUCAUUCAGUCCAUGGCAUUGAACGUGGUUGCAAAUAUCGCCAGUGAUGUGAUGGCGCGCGACAUGCUGGAUGAGGUGUCUAAGCUGAUAAACUCCUCCAACUCGUACUUGGCGAAGAAGGCAUGCCUGGCGGCCAUUCGAAUUGUGAAGAAGAUUCCAGACUACGCAGAGGUAUUUUUGGAACUGUGCUCAAACAUGUUUGUGGAGCGCAAUUCAGGUCUGCUGCUAUGCACUGUCACACUUGUAAACGAGUGCCUGCAGCUCCCACAGGGCGAACAGUUUCUUUCCAAAUAUCGUCUGAUGGCGAAUGCCGCAGUUCGCGUGCUCAAGCAGCUUGUGUUAUCCUCUCGGGUGACGGACCAGGACGUUGGCGGCAUCUCGGACCCUUUCCUCCAGGUGAAGAUCCUGGAGUUUAUGCGCAUCAUUGGGAAGGACAGCCCCGUUACCUCCGAGGCACUGAAUGAUGUUCUGGCGCAAGUUCUCACCAACACUGAUGGAAGUCGUAAUGUUGGCUGCGCUGUUCAGUAUGAAUGUGUGAGAACAAUCUACACAAUUGAGGGAGAUGAGGGGCUGCGAACAUUGGGAAUCAACACCAUUGGUCGAUUCCUCUCUUCGAGUGAUAACAACCUGCGUUUUGUGGCACUUGAAGCGCUCUUGGAUUACUCCACCUGUGAUGCGGAUACUGUCCGUAAACACCAAGACAUAGUUCUUGAUUGCCUCAAGGAUGUGGACAUUUCAAUUCGCCGGCGCGCACUCGAUCUUACUGUGGCACUGGUCAAUGAAACUAAUGUGCGAUUGCUGGUGCCAGACUUGGUAUCAUACUUGUCAGUCUGCACCGAGGAGAUGCGUGAGGAUGUGACACUUCACAUAUGCCAUAUCAUAGAAAGUAAAUCGCCGAGUACGGAAUGGCGUGUCGAGUUUUCACUUCGCCUUUUGCGGUUAGCGAGGCAAUUUGCUCCUGUAGAGUUUGCCACUCGUUUCAUCGCCUUACUCUCAAAUGAGUCCCCAGAGAUACAAACAAGUGCCAUUCUUUCCAUGUGGGAAGAGGUGUCAUACCCGUUUGACGCCCUUCAUCAAUCCCGAAAGGCAUUCCUCGUUGCGGCAGUAUGGAGCAUUGGCGAGUACGUGGACCUUUUGAUCGAUGCAAAGGGAUUGGAACCGCAGGAUGUAGCCAUGUGUAUCGCAGACAUUACUAACAACGUCUCAUUCAAUUUCAUCAAGUGCUAUGGAUUAACUGCACUUAUGAAGAUAGCCUCGAAGUUCCCACAGACGAGAGCGGUUGUUCUUCCAGUGUACGCUAACUACGCGAAGAGUUUGGAUUGUGAGCUGCAGCAACGAGCGUGCGAGUACACGACGCUGCUCGAGUCCUUCAGUGAGGAGGCAACCUUCAGCUUCGCUCGGAUGCCGCCUAUCUGUACAGUGGGGGAGGCUGAGGUGGAGGUAAAGCCUGUGCCGGUGGUGAAUCUUCCUCCUGAGGUGUUGUACCAGGCGUCAGCAGGUGCGCUGGGUGAUCUUUUAGGUGUAGGCGCGAGUACUUGUGUGGCCUCUCCUGCCGGGGGCGGCAACACCGGGCAUGUGGACGCCGUUAUCGAUGAUCUCUUUGGUGUCAAGCAUGAACUACCUUCGGGCAGCGCGUCUCAGACAACUCCGUGGAGCCCACAGCCAGCUGCAGCGCCAAUAGUACCAGCAGCAGUGACGACGACACAGCCAGAGGUGCAAGUGUUUGAGUGUGAUGACCUCGCCGUAAGUGUAAGUGGUGUGGCGCAAUCCGUCAUUUCUGCAAACAUCAUUGUCAUGUCACGCCUCCCCAUUGUGAUGGAAAACCUCUCAAUUCAGGUGGCGGUGCCCAAGACAUCUACGUUGGAUAUCGCAUGCCAGGCGGGUACGGUGAUUCCGCCGCAUGGACGAAUUGUGCAGCAGCUUACGGUGGACAACUCAAGAAGCGGGAAGAAUCCGCGUCUCCUCAUGCUGCGUGUCAAACUUCUCUACACCGUUAACGGGGAAGCACGCUCGCAGCUGCUACAAGUCUCGCAGGAACUCUAA